AUGGCGUCCAUCAAGCUUACUAACGAUGUUGUCCGAGUUCCUAAACUCGACGUCAGCAGCACCAACUGGGUGUUGUACAAGGAGCGCCUUACCUGGGCAGCCGACGCGAAAGGACUCGCUGGACAUCUCGACGGUGCGGUCCAGGAACCAAACGCACCGCCGUCGCCAGCUACACCUGCAUCAGUUGCGCAAACCGCACCUGCGACAGGUGCGACGACCGCCGCGGCAGGCGCGACAACCACCUCCGCUACGAUGCUGGAUCCUGCGCAGGUGGCGUACGAGGCAGAGCUCGCUACGUGGAAGAAGGGCGAGGCCAUCGUCAAGCAGCUCAUCGCGAGCACGAUCCCGGACUCGCUCUUCAUGAAAGUCCGAUCGAUGUUACGACUGACUGUCGAGCGAACUGGAGCGGAGCUCAACAGGCAGGACUGGAGACAAGUUGUGUAUUGA